AUGAGAUGGCAAGUGAUUGAUACCCCCGGGAUUUUAGAUCAUCCGUUGGAGGAAAGGAACGUCAUUGAAAUGCAAGCCAUCACGGCCAUGGCGCAUUUGCGCGCCUGCAUCCUUUAUUUCAUGGAUGUUUCCGAGCAGUGCGGUCACUCUAUUGAGGAACAGGCGAAAUUAUUCGACAGCAUCAAACCCCUUUUCGUCAACAAGCCCCUGCUGCUUGUCCUGAACAAAACUGAUAUCCUUACGCUGGAUGAGUUGGAUCCGGAAAAGAAGAAAAUCAUCGAAGAUCUUGCAGACGAAACCGAAGAAAUCCCAAUUUUGCAAAUGUCCACAGUCACCGAAAAGGGAGUAAUCGAAGUUAAAACAGAAGCAUGCGAACGUCUACUUGGCUACCGUGUCGAUCAAAAAUUGAAAGCCAAGAAGAUUGAAGGUGUCCUAAAUCGGCUGCAUGUCGCUAUGCCAGAGAAACGUGACAAUAAAGAGCGUCCUGCAUGCAUACCGGAGUCCGUUCUUGCUGCUAGAGCUGCCAAUGCUGACAAAAUUGCUCGCCGCCAGCGUAAGCUGGAAAAGGAAAUCGAACAAGAAAUGGGAGACGAGUACACGCUGGACCUCAAGAAGAACUACAUGGAAAUACCAGAAGAGGAACGUUACGAUGUUAUUCCUGAGUUCAUCAAUGGGGUCAAUAUUGCAGACUACAUUGACCUGGAAAUCUUCGAGAAAUUAGAGGAACUUGAACGCGAAGAGGGACUGCGUCUGGAAGCAGGAUUCUACGAUCCGCCCCCACUCAAUUUGGAUGAAACGCUUCUUGAAAUCCGAGAGAUGGCCAAACAGAUACGUCUGAAGCGAUUCCUGCUCAAGGAUGCCCGGAAACUGCAGCAGAAGAGCGGUCGACCAGUCAUGCCACGACACAAACAAGCCACGGUUCGUGAUCGAAAGGUGGACAAUCUGCGCAAAACAAUGGAAAAUCUCGGCGUCGACAUGUCUGGCACCGAACAAACCAACUUCGCCAAGAACCAGGUUAGCAUUCGACGCAGUCUUGUGCCAGCCGUGGGAGGUCCUAAAACGCCCAAGAAGGAUCGUGAAUCGUCUGCCAUUGUGAAAGCUACUGGCCAACUGUUGAAGCGGAAAACUCCUGGCCACGAACUUGGCAUCAAGGAUGUUGUGCUGAAGAAGAAGGCCAAGGUGAUGGCGAAACACGACAUUGCUAAGAGGGUUACGAAAAUGGCACGCAAGGGCGAAGCCGAUCGUCACAUACCGGAUCUAAAGCCGAAGCAUUUGUUUGCCGGCAAACGAGGUGCCGGAACUGCGGAUCGUCGUUAAAAUUUGUUUUAAUUCAGAUUCGUAUACAGGCCCUGGUUCGUUUGUGAUUAAUAAUAUAUUAGGUAAGUUUCGUUCGGUUAACCUAGAUUGCUGUCUUGAUUGUAUUCUGCAUUUGUUAUGCAGACUAUAACUGAUAAUUAUAUAAAUGAUGAUUUAUGUA